AUGUCGACUCGCGGGCAAGGGCGUGGUCGUGGUUCCUGCGUUUCGCGAGGCAGAGGCACACAAGGGGCAUCCGUCCAGAACCUGGCCGGAACGAACAUCCACAGUCUUUCGGCCGCUCCCGGAAGACCUGGCAGAGGCCGUGGCCAACCUAGCGCCGCAUCUGGAUCAAGCGCGGCUUCUGGCUAUCAGAGUACAGGAGAAAUCUUGGGCACAGGAUCUGGGCCAAACGUUGAGAUGCUUCCGAGUGGGCCACAUGCUGGAGAGUCUUUCCAGAUGGUGUCACAAAGCGAUCCGGAAUAUUGUCAAUGGGUGCUGGCUCAAGACGGCUUGGAUCAACUGGAGGAAGGGCUGCAACAGUUCGCGAACUUCUUGAAGUUCCAGGCAGAAAAGCAGAAAGAUGCGGAUGCUCUUCGAGCUGCGCGGCUCGCACGCUUCUCGUGA